AUGAAAGACAAACUUAAAAAAGUUAAGAAACCGGUCAAGUUAUUAAAAACCAAAAAGAAAAAAAUGAGCGAUUUAAAAAGUCCAAAAUUAGCAUCUAUGAAAAAAAAACUAAAUAAAAAAAAAGAUGGUCUUGUAAAUAAAAAAUGGAAUGAUGAUGAUGAUGAUGAUGAUAUGAUUAAUGAAAAUGAAUCUUUUGAAGAUGAAAAUGAUAAAAAUGAAAAUGACAGCGAUCCUGAAAGUAUUGAUAGUAAUGAAUUUGAAAGUCAUAAAAAAAAUUUAAUGAAUUUAAAACAAUCGGAUCCUGAAUUUUAUAAAUAUUUACAAGAAAAUGAUGAAAAUUUAUUAAAUUUCAAUGAUUCCGAUGUUGAAAGUGAUGAUGCUAAAGAAUCUGUUCAUAAACCUCCUGAUGAGUUAGAAAUUGCUAGCGAUGACAGUGAUUAUGAAUUAGAUCCUGAAGUUGCCAAAACGAGAAAAGAAAAAAGUAAUAAAAUUACAUUAGAAAAAGUAGCAGAAUUGCAGAAAAAAUUAAAAACAAGAUGUCAAGUUCCUGAUUUAAGAGAUGUAUCUGAAGCAUUUCGAGCAGCUCUAGCCAGUGUUUCACCUGGUAAUGACAAUACAUCAGUUUAUAAAGUCGAAGGAGGUGUUGUAUUUAAUUCAAUUAUUCGUAUGUGCGUCUCAGACUUCUUACCUGCUAUAAAAAAAUUUCUAAGAAUCAAAGACUUAAAUGUGAAUCCAUCGAAAUGUAGAAAUUGGAAUAAAAUUAAACCUCUUGUUAAAAAUUAUUUAUUCGAUUUAGUAGAGAUAUGUUCCGUCACGUCACCAAACAUGUUAAGAGUUUUACUCAAACACAUUCAUCAAUGGUGUCCAUUUAUUGUAUGUUUUCCGAUAGCCUCAUCGAAAUUUUUAAAAAGAAUAAUUCAACUUUGGGCUACAGAUGAAGAUGUUAUAAGAGUUUUAGCAUUUUUAUGCAUACUCCGUUUAUCCAAUCUUCGUCCAUCUUUGUUACAAAAAGCAUUAAAAGUCAUGCACAUGACGUACGUUCGAAACACGAAGUUCGUGACACCUUCUUCCCUUCCUGGAAUCAAUUUCAUGAGGCAGUCACUAUGCGAAAUGUUUGCCUUAGAUAAUACAAUUAGUUACCACAUGGUAUUUUUAUACAUUAGACAAUUAGCAAUACAUUUAAGAAGUGCUAUAACGCAGAAAAAAAAAGAAGCGUAUAAAAUGGUUUACAGUUGGGCUUACAUUUCUUCACUACACUUAUGGGCAGAUUUAUUUGGAAUCGUACCGAAAGAUUCGCCGUUAAAUUCUCUAAUAUAUCCGUUGGUUCAAAUAAUUAUAGGAACGAUAAAACUCGUACCUUCAGCCGCGUAUUAUCCGUUAAGGUUUCACUGUUGUAAAAUUCUCAUUAAUAUUAGAAGUAAAUGUGACGUCUUCAUUCCUAUACUACCCUAUUUGUUAGAGAUUCUUCGGGAUUAUAAUUUUAAAAGAGAACAUAAAAAAUUAACGGUGAAACCGUUAGAUUUCACGUGUUUGCUCAGAUGUUCAAAAUUACAAAUGAAAGAAAACGGUUUCAAAGAUGCCAUCAUAGAGAACAUAUACAGUUUGUUAAUGGAAUAUCUGGCAACGGAAUGUCAUAGAGUAAGCUUUCCAGACGUGACAGUUCCCGCCGUUAUUCAGAUAAAGAAAUUUUUAAAAACGUGUAAAUAUACAAAUUACAAUAAAAAAUUAAAAUCGAUCGUGGAUAAAAUAUCGGAAAAUUCAAAAUUCAUAGAAGGAGAACGGAAAAAAGUGAAUUUGAAAAUAAACGAUUUGAAAGGGGUGGACGCCGUCGAAGCAGGUAUAAGAGCGAAAGGAACACCCUUUUCGAAAUUUUACGAAAGUUGGAAAAAGAUACACGUGCAACAGCAAGCGAGAAAAAUCACGAGCAAUCAAACGCUUGGAGAUUUCAAAUUACCGGUUUUGAAAAAAUUGGAAAAGAAAAAAAAUAAAACGGACAAAUCAUCCGAAGGACCCCCAGUUUUAUUCCCAUCGGACGAAUCAGACAACGAUGAUGUCACGUUCGACGAAGAACUUGAACCUCCCAAGAAGAAAAGAAAAGGAGGAGAAGGAGGAAAAGGAGAUGGUAAAAAGAAUAAAAAAAUGAAAAUGAAAGGUUCGGAGGAGGAGGAGGAGGAGGAGGACGACGGCGACGAAGAAUCAGGAGAGUUUGAUAAUGAUAAUGACAAUGAAGAUGCGGAUUAUGAUGAUGAUGAUGAUGAUGAUUAUGAUGAUAACAAUGACGAUAACGAUUAUGACAUAGAUGACAAUGGUGAUAGUGAUAAUGAUGAUGAUGGCGGCGAUGAUAUAAUUCAAGAUUUAAAUUAUUCAGAUUUUUAA